UCAUCACUCAUCAGAUAUCUUAAAAGAAGAAAGAGAUAUGGCAGAAGUGAAGCUCUUGAGGAGCUGGUCGAGUCCAUAUGGUUUGAGAGUGGUGUGGGCUCUAAAACUGAAGGGUGUUGAGUAUGAAGAAAUAUUUGAAGAUCUUUCCAACAAGAGCCCUUUGCUUCUCCAGUAUAAUCCUGUUUACAAGAAGAUCCCAGUACUUGUUCAUAACGGAAGACCCAUCUGUGAAUCCCUUCUCAUUCUUGAAUACCUGGAGGAGACUUUCAAACAAUAUCCACUGCUUCCACAAGAUCCUCACAAGCGAGCCACGGCUCGCUUCUGGGCUAAGUUCGGUGAUGAGAAGAUCUUGCCAACCAUUAGAUUUGGUGCUCUGGUAAAGCAAGGAAAAGAACAAGAAGAAGCAAUUGUUUCAAUCAUAGAGAGCUUGAAAUAUUUAGAAGAAGAGCUAAGGGGAAAGAAAUUCUUUGGAGGAGAGAGUAUUGGACUGGUAGAUCUUGCAUUGGGUUGGAUUGGUUAUUACAUGGAUGUAUUUGAGGAGGUAAUUGGUGUAAAAUUCAUAGACAAAGAAAAAUUCCCAUCAUUAGUGGCAUGGAUGCAAGAAUUCUCAAAUGUCCCAAUUAUUCAGCAAAAUUGGCCUCCAAGAGACAAACUCAUUGAUAGAUUUGCUGGGGUUCGUAAGGCUGCCUUUUGAGAGAAAAACACCAAAAUAAGUCCAUAUAUAUAUAUAUAUAUAUAUAUUUUUUUUUUUUCUGGAAGUUCCUAUAAAGUCGCAUUAAUUGUAUGAAAAAUUUUAUAGAAAACUAAGCCUGGAUUGUAUCUAGUGAAAAAGAGGUAAAUACUCUUUAAAUAAAUUUUCGA